AUGCACUCCCAAGACUUCACCCAAAUCCCCAUCAUCGACAUCUCAUCCCCCACCCCCCAAACCCUCUCUAAUCUCCGCACCGCCCUCACAGACAUCGGCUUCCUCUACAUCUCCAACCACUCCGUCCCCCCCUCCACAAUAACAUCCCUCAUCGACAUCCUCCCAGAUCUCUUCGCCCUCUCCCCAGAAGCAAAACAAGAAAUCGCCUUGGAAAAGUCACCGCACUUUUUAGGAUACAGCGCUGCUGGGACGGAAACUACAGCUGGGAAAACGGAUCUGAGAGAACAGGUUGAGCUUGCGACGGAACUUGAGAGAGCGCCUGAUGGUGCGCCGCUGUACGAUGGGUUGAGGGGUCCGAAUCAAUGGCCAAAUGCGCUUCCGGAGUUAAAGGGUGUUGUUACGCGGUAUAUUGAGGAACUUACACUACUAGGGGAACGAUUUUUGAGACUUGUUGCGCGAGCUCUUGAUCUUCCGGAUGACAUCUUCUUCUCGUACUUAUCCGACCAACAUCGUCUUAAAUUGGUUCACUACCCUGCAUCAACAACGUCAUCCCAGGGCGUCGGUCCUCACAAAGAUUCAUCAGGAUGGUGGACCUUCCUCCUCCAAGCAUCCCCCGAAGUAAACGGUCUCCAAGUCCUCAACAAAUCCGGCUCAUGGAUCGACGUACCCGCCAUCCCGGACACUUUCGUCGUCAACAUCGGCCAAGCAUUUGAAGUCGUCACCAACGGUGUAUGCAAAGCGACAACGCACCGCGUACUAUCCUCCCCAAAAGAACGGUUCAGCAUUCCGUUUUUCCAAGGGGUGCGACGUGAUUUGACGAGGGAUGAGGCGAUGACUUCGUUGAAGGAGCAUUUUGAACGGUGGGGAGAGGGUGAGGAGGCGGGUGAGGCGGGAGCGGUGGAUAAUCCAUUUGAUACCAAGAUGGCACCAGAAUUACCCGCGCGACAGACUUUUACAGCCCCCAGCGGCAAUGUGUACUCAUACAUCUUCAUCCCUCCAACCUCCCAAUCCACAACCCUUCUCUUUCUUCACGGCUUCCCAUCAAGCCUUACAGACUGGGUCCAUCAAAUCUGUCAUUUCUCAUCCGAGGGUUACGGCGUCGUAGCUCUGGAUCUUCUGGGCUACGGUGAAAGUAGCAAACCAACAGAUGUGAACGCGUACCGCCUCAAGCCGAUGGGCGAUGAAGUCAUCGAACUGCUCGACCAUCUGAACCUCAAAACCAUCGUUGGAAUCGGCCAUGAUUUCGGCGCGACGCUUUUAUCGAGAAUGGCGGCUUAUCACCCCUCGCGCUGGGAAGCUCUCGUAUUUCUGGCCGUUGGACCGCCGAAGCUGGGGACGCCGUUCGACGUUGACAUGAUCAAUACCAUGACCAAGCAGUUCCUCGGGUAUGAGAUGCUCGGAUACAUCCCAUGGCUAGCCGACUUCCGUUCACAGGAAAUUCUCGAGAAGAAUGCCGAAGCGGUGAUGAGUCUGAUGUUUUGUCGCGAUCGGGAAGAGUGGGAGGCGUGGUUUCAUCCUCUUGGCAAAAUGGAGGAGUUUGUGCGUCAAAACCGCAGACUUCCCAUCGCAUCGUGGUAUACCCAAGAUUUGCAGAAAGCACAUCUCAAGGCAUUCGGUUCGACUGAUGGGUACAAAGGCGUGUGUCGAUGGUAUCGCAUGUGGAAGGAUAACCUCUUCGCCCCUGAUGAACAAGGCUUUGAAGAAUUUCACAUCUCACAGCCCGUCCUCUUCAUCGUCCCAUCAGAGCCCGAACAAUCCGCCGCUCAACAGCAGCAAAUGAUAUCAUCCUGGUCCACCAAUCUUCAAACCGUCAAGCUAAACACCAACCACUGGAUCCAUAUCCAAGCUCCCUCCGAGACCAACACCACAAUCCAAAACUUCCUCACCUCACGCAGGGAGACUUAG